CGCGGCAGAGUCCAUCGAGAGGCUGAUUGCUCGAGGCAUGGACGCAACCUGGGCUCUUUCGAUCAGCAUGAAAGGCAGAUGGACCAAACUGAAAGCCGGGCAGCCGGUCGACUUCCUGUCCGAGUGCGAGUACGAACCGAGUGCCGAGUCCUUCGGAAGAUACGCCGACACGUGCGAGGAUCCCAGCUUCAGCAAUGUCACCUACUACAAAUCGGGAGUUCAUGGCUCACUCUACUACAACAAAGAGGAUGGCCGCAUACUCGCCUUCGAGAACAACACCGACAUCGUCCAAAAGUUCUGCGGACUGAGGGCGCAGCACUUGACCUUUGCCUACGGCGUGGUUGCGUACGAUGUGGACUACGAAGACUACAGCGACGACUGCGACUCCGUGAGCGUGCUCGGGAAAUUCACCAGGGUUUUCACGCUGACACUGCUGCGGGACUACGUCCGGAUCGUAUUCGACGUACCGAAAGAAUAUGCAGACUGCCUAAGACAGGACUAUUAAAUGUUGU